GGCGCGCAGAGCCCCGCGCGGGGCGGCGGACGCGGGGAGGCGCCGUGAGGCCACCGCUGUGGGCGACGUGGGCCGCUGCCUCACCGCCCUCAGUGCAAAAAACGCCUUCCUUGUAUCCAGUCUAUAUCUCCCCUCUUUCGGUUUGAAGCCGUUUCCCCUCGUCCUGUCUCAGCAGACCCUUUCGGGGGGACAGCCCCAGAAAAUACUGUCCUGGAUUUCUCAGCGUCACGGCCUAUCUCAGGCCUAUCCAGAGAGCCAAAAAGGAGCGUUUAAAACAAAAAGCAGCAGUGCUGCUGGAGCCUGAGGUGCACAGCUUACCCAGCUGCAAGGAUUCCCUAAAUUACAGAGACACUGUGCCAUCUUUGUUGCCACUUAGAGACUUUACCUGCUUACCCUGCAGCUUAAAAGCAUUUGUAAUGCAUUCCUGUAGCCUAACAUUUGUAGGAGGGGUAGAGGUAAAACACAGCAUUUCUUUUAGGGCUUCUGAGGAUUUACCUGAGCCACUGUGUUGAAGUUUCUGCUCGGCUGCUUUCCUUGUGGCAACACACCUGAUGUGCGGAUUCGUUCCCCUCAUGCAGGUGGAUUUGCACAUCUCCUGCUUCCAAGAGCCGGAUUAUGACAGUUAUUCAUGAACUUCGGGUGUUUGCUGGGAUUUCUGUGAAUGUUUGCACCAAUAUAACUUUCCAGGUGGAAGAGUCCUGCAGAAACCCACCCUGGUAAUUCCUAUGAGCUGUAAAAAUCCAGAGAAGCUCGUGGUGCAAUUUUUCAUCAGUUUGUGGGAUGGAGUGUGAGGACAGCACUGCAAGGAUGCCAGCAGAGGUAGGAGUGCCUUUCCUCAGGGUUUGGUUGCACCAUCAGGACCUUGCAGAAAGAAAGAAAGGAAAAAAAAAAGAAGAAAGUAUGUGAAUGUGAUCGUCAGGUGAGAACAUAGCCUCCUACCUGGCUGCACAGUGUGACGAAGGACCAUAAACAAGUUCAAAGCACCUUUUGAAUGGUUUAGCUGGAAUAAUUGUUAUCAGCUGACUUUAACAGCAUUCAAGAUGGAUACCCAGAAGGAAGAGGUGGAAGAUAACACUGACAUCAUCAUGGAGGGGGCUCUGAUAGCCCGGGACAGAGUUGGGGUGCAGGACUUUGUGCUUCUGGACUCCCACACCAGUGAGGCUGCUUUCCUGAACAACCUCCGCAAGCGAUACCAAGAGAACCUCAUCUAUACAUACAUUGGCACUCUCCUUGUAUCUGUCAACCCUUACAAAGAGCUGGAUAUCUACACAGUGACCCAGAUGCAGCUUUACAGGGGGGUGAACUUCUUUGAACUGCCACCACAUCUAUAUGCCAUAGCUGACAACGCCUACCGGGUGAUGUGCAGUGAGUACAACAACCAUUUCAUCCUCAUCUCUGGGGAGAGUGGAGCUGGGAAGACGGAGGCUUCCAAGAAGAUCUUGCAGUACUAUGCAGUCACCUGUCCGACUACAGAGCAGCUGCAGGUUGUCCGUGAUCGUCUGCUGCUGUCAAACCCUGUUCUGGAGGCUUUUGGAAACGCAAAAACUCUACGGAACGACAACUCAAGUAGAUUUGGAAAAUACAUGGACAUCCAAUUUGACUUUAAGGGAGCUCCAGUGGGAGGGCACAUCCUCAGUUACCUGAUUGAGAAAUCCCGAGUUGUCCAUCAAAACCAUGGAGAGAGGAAUUUCCACAUCUUCUAUCAGUUAUUAGAGGGUGGAGAGAAGGAUCUUCUCAGCUGGCUUGGGCUGGAGCGCAACCCUCAGAAGUAUGCUUAUCUCGUCCAGGGUCGAUGUGCCAAAGUGUUUUCUAUUAAUGAUAAGAAUGACUGGAAAAUAGUCCGCAAAGCUUUUUCUAUCAUCGACUUCACUGAAAAAGAUUUGGAGCAUCUCUUUGGAAUAGUUGCUAGUGUCCUGCACCUUGGGAACAUUCAGUUUGAAGAGGAUAGCAAUGGACAUGCCAUCAUUCGCAACGGCACUCAGAUCAAGUGGAUUUCAAAGCUCCUGGGUGUCCACUUGUCCAUUCUGCAGGAAGCCCUCACCCAUCGGAAGAUUGAAGCCCGCUCUGAAGAGGUCUUAAGCCCAUUGAAUGUUGAUCUGGCAUUCUAUGCUCGGGAUGCUGUAGCGAAGGCAAUUUAUGGACGGACUUUCACUUGGCUGGUCAACAAAAUUAAUGGCUCCUUAGCCAACAAGGAUUCAACUCGUAAGACUGUCAUUGGCCUGCUGGAUAUUUAUGGCUUCGAAGUGCUGGACACAAACAGCUUUGAGCAGUUUUGCAUUAAUUACUGCAAUGAGAAACUCCAGCAACUGUUGAUUGAGAUGACCUUAAAGGCAGAGCAGGAGGAGUACGAAAUGGAAGGAAUAGAGUGGGAACCAAUUCCUUAUUUUAACAACAAGAUCAUCUGUGACUUGGUUGAGCAGAAGCAUAAAGGAAUAAUUUCCAUUCUGGAUGAAGAGUGCUUACGACCUGGUGAAGCAACUGACCUAAGCUUCUUGGAAAAGCUGGAAGAGAAAGUAGGAGACCAUGCCCACUUCGUGACUCGCAAGCUUGCAGAUCAGAAAACACGAAAAUCCAUUGACUGGGUGGAUUUCCGCCUCCUUCACUAUGCAGGGGAAGUCACAUACUGUGCAGUUGGAUUUCUGGAGAAGAACAAUGAUCUCCUGUACAGAAACCUGAAAGAGGUGCUGUGCAACUCUAAAAAUGGAAUCGUUAGAGAGUGCUUUUUACUGUCAGAACUGGACAGCAGGAGGAGGCCGGAGACUGUUGCAACCCAGUUCAAAAACAGCCUAAUGAGUCUAAUAGAAAUCCUGAUGUCCAAGGAGCCUUCUUAUGUCCGAUGCAUUAAACCAAAUGAGAACAAGGAGCCUGGGAAGUUUGAUGAUUGCCUGAUCCGGCAUCAGGUGAAAUACCUGGGGCUGAUGGAGCACCUGCGUGUGAGACGGGCUGGCUUUGCAUAUCGGCGGAAGUAUGAGCACUUCUUGCAAAGAUAUAAAUCCCUGUGUCCUGCUACCUGGCCUCACUGGCACGGGCCUGCAGCUGAGGGUGUGGAGAGGCUUAUCAAGCACAUAGGUUAUAAGCCUGAGGAAUACAAAUUGGGAAGAACCAAAAUAUUCAUUCGUUUCCCAAAGACUCUGUUUGCUACAGAAGAUGCAUUUGAAAUAAGAAAGCACCUGUUAGUUUCAAGACUACAAGCCAAAUAUAAAGGACGCCUUGGGAAGAGAGACUACCAGAAGAAGAGAAAAGCAGCUAUCAAGCUGGAGGCUUGUUGGCGAGGAGUGCUGGCACGGAAGGAGGCCAAGAAGAGGACGUGGGCUGUUCAGAUCAUCAGGAAAUUCAUAAAGGGUUUCAUCAAUCGGAAGAAACCUCUGUGUCCAGAGAACACUGAAUUUGUGAGGCUUGUGCAGUACAAAUACCUCAUGAAGCUUAGAGACCACAUUCCCAGAAAUGUCUUGGACAAGAGCUGGCUCCAACCUCCUUCUAUCCUGGAAGAGAUAUCUGAGAUGCUACAGAAAAUCUGUAUUAGGAACCUAGUACAGAAAUACUGCCGAGGUGUCACUCCUGAGAGGAAAGUGCAGUUACAGCAAAAAGCUGUCACAAGUGCCAUUUUCAGAGGAAAGAAGGAGGGCUACCAGCAGAGCAUAAACCUGCCCUUUGCAGACACGCGGCUGAAAGAGACCGAUAUAAGCCCCAAAGUGCUGCAGCUCAUCCAGGGCGAGAAGGUGAAGUAUGCGACCCCCGUGGUCAAAUAUGACAGGAAUGGCUUCAAAGCACGGGAGCGCCUGCUGGUCCUGACCCAGUCCUCAGCGUAUGUGGUGGAAAUGGCCAAGAUCAAGCAGAAAAUAGACUAUGCCACUUUGAAAGGUAUUUCUACCAGUAACCUGUGUGAUGGGAUUGUGGUCAUCCAUGUUCCUGAGGACAACAAACAGAAGGGAGAUGUGAUACUUCAGUGUGAACAUAUCUUUGAGACGGUCACUAAGCUCUGCAUGCUGGCCAACAAGCAGAACCUCGUUAAAGUUGUGAAGGGAAGCCUUCGGUUUCGCAUUGGCUCUGGGAAGGAAGGGACAAUGGUGUUCACUGUUGGGCCGGAGCCCCAUGUCUUUAAAGCCAAAGAUGGACAGCUUACAGUGGUGUCAAACCAGGCAAAGUCUUGAUGAGAAGCAGUUCCAGUUUCUGGUCACCAGGAAUGGAAAGGAGCCUGCGGGCUGAGACCAGCACCUGCAGCACCCCUGCAAUCUUUGAUGCCAUAGGGUUGCUGUGACUUGAGAGUUUGCUUGCAUCUUUUAGGCACUUUUUUUAUAGCUUAAAACUAUUGAGUUGUAUCUAAAUAAAUUCAUCACCUUGCUGUAA